UCUGAGGAGGUUCGUUUUCAAUUAGUGCAUUAUUGGAACAAGAUUGACUCUUGACUUCAAUCGUGCGACUUUAAUGGGCUCACACUUGGGCGUGUCCAUUUGUCAGUUUUAGCAAUAAAGUUUUCAUGUCUUCUUCCUUAUGCCAUUUGGAAUUUGUAGAAGAGAAAUUGAAAUGAGCUGGUGAAUUAAUGUUCAAUCGGUGCACCAUUCAAACAAUUUGUGAAGGCUUCCAAAACUUGAAUUGGCUUAUGAGGAAUAUUCGUUUGCUUAUACAAUUGGGCGUCCUUUCUUUGGUUGUAAAUUUCAAUUUCACCUCAGCCGGAUUCUAUGUUCUUUUCCAUUUUCUUUUUUAUCCAUUUUUUGGCGCUUUAGACAGACAAGUAGUAAAACAGCUCAAUUCAAUCUCUUUGUAACAAGGGGUCCAGCAUUAAUUUAGUUUCAUUUGAGUUGAUUAAUCCUUGAUAACUCUGUUUUAUGUUAAUUUUGCUUGUUUGCUUUCUAGAUGUCUUCUAAGUAGACUAGUUCACCUAGUUUCUUGCUUGUGCAUUUCUUUAAGUAGACUAGUCCAAUUUGGGAUGCAGCUGUCUUAAAAGCAACCACAAUCACCAGUUUUCUGCCAAUCCUUUUCUUGACAUCUGAAUUUGAAUACACAAUAGUUCUGUGAAAUUUCCUCGCCCCUUCUUGCUACUCUCCCUCCCCCCACAAGGGGUCCUCUCUCUCUCUCUCUCUCUCUCUCUCUCUCUGUGCAUAUAUAUAUAUAUCACAAAUUUUGUUUGUCAGAUUAAGAGGGAUAAAGGGAAGAAGAAGGAGAGGAAAAAGCUUAGUUGUCUACUUACGAGCUAGCCCUACAGCAGCAUUUUGUUGUGAAAGCAGGAUUCCUCAUCCAGGUGAAACUUGCCUACCUGUUGAUGUCUCCACCGCCAUAUAGUAAUGACGGGCCACAUGUUGCUACUAUCACAGUGCCAGUGCUAGUACUUGCAGGCAUUAGCGUGAUCUCGUGUUUUUGUACCAAGAUUGCAAGAAGAAUUUCAGAAUUGAGAACAGCUGUUGCUCAGCCAGCCCCGAGUUAUGUGGUUCAAGCCACGAGUCAUGUGGUUCAUGUGUGGGAAGUUGAUGCUCCUACAAUGGAGAGGAUCCUCGAAGACCUGGCAAAGGAGAAACCGAUCAGAUUCACAGCCCAAGAACUGUGUACCUUCACUUCCAAUUACUCCACAAGGUUGGGUUCUGGAGGCUUUGGCAUUGUCUAUAAAGGACAGUUCCCUAAUGGGGUUAAGAUUGCAGUAAAAGUCCUCAACAGGAACUCAGAUGGAAGAGCUGAGGAGCAAUCCAUGGCUGAGGUGACCACCAUUGGAAGAACUUACCAUAGAAAUCUAGUCAGGCUUUAUGGUUUUUGCUUUGAUCAAUUCAUGAGUGCACUAGUCUACGAGUACAUGGAGAAUGGAUCAUUGGACAAGUACUUGUUCAGCGAUAUGCAAGCAAUUGAGGAGUGGGAAAAGCUGCGUGAAAUUGCAAUUGGAACAGCAAAAGGCAUCGCCUACCUGCACGAAGAGUGCCAUCAGCGCAUCAUUCACUAUGAUAUAAAGCCUGGAAAUGUCCUCCUAGACGAAAAGUUUACCCCCAAGGUCGCUGAUUUUGGGCUGGCAAAGCUUUGCAACAGAGACAGUACCCAUGUGUCUCUGUCUGGUUAUCGAGGGACUCCCGGCUACUCAGCACCGGAAUUUCAGCUCAGGAACUUCCCCAUAACGCAUAAAUGCGAUGUCCACAGCUUCGGAAUGCUGUUGUUCGAGAUAAUAGGGAGGAGGAGGAAUGCCCGAAUACGUUCCACGGACAGUUUGGAUUGGUUUCCAAAGCAAGUGUGGGAAGAGUACGAGAAAGGAGAGUUGGCUGCAAUGUUGUCGGGGUGUUGGAAUGAGGAGAAGGAUAGGGAGCAAGUGGAGAAGGCGGCUAUGGUGGCUCUGUGGUGCGUUCAGGACUCGCCGGAGGACAGGCCGCCGAUGAGCGCGGUGGUGAAAAUGCUGGAAGGCGGAGUGGAGGUGAUGCCACCUCCGAAGCCAUUCCAGUACUUGUUAUCUAUUUCCGUGACUAGCCCUGAUGCGCCCUCUAAUGGCAGUGACAGUUCAGACAUUUCUACUUCGACCAGCUGUGGAACGAAUUCACGUUGGUACAAAGACACCACGCCCAUCAUGGCCAAGUACGAGAUUCAAAUGGCCAGUAUCACUACCACCACCUAAAAAUAGAAAAAAAUAUGUGUAACAGCCUUUCUUGUUUCUACCCUUAAAUAAUGUACUUGAUUUGUGCCUAAUGCCAUGGGCCAAAUGAAAACAGGCUUCCAGAAAAGAAUUGUUUAUCCAAUGGCAUUGAAACUUAUGCACCCAUCCUACUUCUUAUUAUAUUAUAAAUAAUUUAUUUCUUAUUUAGAUUUUAUCUCAAAAA